AUGCUAGUGGUGCGAAGGUCCUCUGGUGCCGGUGGUGGUACGAACACUUGUCGACGAUGGUUUGCAAGAAGACCAGCACCGAGAACUCUCUGCCGCCUCACUUGGCAUGGGCGAAAGUGCGCUACAACCACCGCCGCCGCAGUUACGCCUACGGCUCGACCAGCAGCGGCGGCGUCAGGCAGGUUUCUGGCCGCCGGAGACGAUUUCGGCAGCAACGGCUUUAGGAGGAGGAACGCUCACUCCGUGGCAACAACGAGCCGGCAGCCGCAGCAGCAGCAGCGCAUUUCAACGUGGCUGUCACCAUCGUCAUCUUCGUUGCCCGUGUCUGCCGCGAGUCAAGGGCCCGGGGGGCGUUUUUUUGCGACAGGGCUCCAGGGCGUUGCCGGCGUCGGCAGUGCAAGCAAAGCCCCAGCGGGGGGCGCUUUGACGCCGGGGGUGGCGGGCGUGGAGGGGCUUCACACCCCCGAGGAUUUCGCCCCCCUAGCGGCGGCGGCGGUGGUGGAGUCGGACAGGCUAAGAAAGGCCAUCAGCACGGGGGAGGUUUCCACGCCCUUGGGGAUCCUUCGGGGGGUAGACGCCAUCAGCAACACGGUGUGCUCGGUCAUCGAUGCCGCGGACUUCGUGAGGAAUGCCCACGCCGACGAAGGGUUUCGGUACGCGGCGGACGAGGCGUUCUCGGUGCUGGCGGAGUACAUCCAGGACCUGAAUGCCGACGAUUCGCUGUACCGCGCGCUGUGCGGGGUGGUCGAAGAAGAGGGCGCGAUGGACGGUUUCACGGGAGAGCAGCGGCGGGUUCUGGGGCUACACAUGGCGGAGUUCGAGAGGGGAGGCAUUCACUUGUCUGGGGAGGAGCGUGCUGAGGUGGUGGCCCUCCAGAACGAGGCUACACGGCUCGAGCGGCUGUUCGAGCACAACAUUCUCGCCAAGAGAGCAGCCUUUCAGGUGAACCGGAAGGACUUGUACGGAAUCCCGGAGUUCAUCUUGUCCCGCAUUCCCCAGCCGGAAGGGCAGCCGGCCGACCGCUUCACCCUCCUCACUGACCAGUCGCUCAUGAGUGACGUCAUCAAGAACGCUAGGAGCGGUACGCUCCGACGAGCCAUGUAUCUCGCCGGCAACUCUGUGGCGGCAGAGAACGUACAGGUGCUGGAAAGGCUGAUGGCGGUUCGGCACAAGCUGGCACGACGGGUGGGGUUCGACUCUCACGCCCACAGGAUGGCUUCCGAGAAGAUGGCUGAGAACCCGGAGGAAAUCGCGAGGUUCCUGGAGGCGUUGUCGGCGGGGAUAAGGGACAAGGCCGAGCAAGAGGCGAGCAUGCUCCGAAAGGCUAAGAUGGAGGUGGAGGGGUCCUCGGAGCUGUACGCUUGGGACGUUUCGUAUUACAUGGGAUACGUCAAGUCAAGAGAGUGCAACCUGGACGGGCGAUCGUUGUCGGAGUACUUUACCCUGGGGGGGUGUCUCGAAGGCCUCAGGAUGGUGUGCAGGGGGCUGUUCAGCAUCUCACUCGAACAGGUACCUAUUGAGCCGGGGGAGAAUUGGGCAGGGAGAAGUGGGAGGGGGGUACGGAAGCUUGUCUUGCGGCACGAACAGGAAGGGGUGCUGGGCACUAUCUACCUGGACUUACACAGGUAG